AUGUCCGUUCAAGACCUGCCCACAAUAAACCUCCUCUGCAUGGAGAGCCAAUACAUCACGGCCUUCAACGAAGCGCUUGCACAAGAAUGGCCCACCUUCAGCCGACAUCCCAAGCUGAACAUCAACAUCAUCAACAGCUCCCUCAACCAGCUCCCCGCGACGACGAAGUUCCAGCUUGUUGUCUCGCCGGCAAAUUCAUACGCCCGGUUAGACGGCGCCUUCGACGACGCCAUCUCACGCGCCUUCUGUCUCCCGCACCAUAACUACGACACUCUCACCAACGCCGCACAGGCCGUGCUCUACAAGCGCUGGAGGGGAUUCGCGCCCCCCGGCACCUGCACCCUCGUCCCGUUCCCCACGACGCUGGAGGGACGGAAUCCCUGGGGGUGCAAGUGGGUCGCCAUCUGUCCCACCAUGAAAGUGCCCGCGAAUGUAACCUGGGACCGCGAGGUCGUGUACGAGUGUGUCUGGAGCUUGCUCUGCGAGCUGGAGCGGUGGAAUCGAGGCCGGGAGACGGACCGCAUUGAUUCGAUUUUGAUCACCCCGAUGGCUACGGGGGUGGGGCGAGUCAGCAAGGAACGAUGGGCGGCGCAGUUUGUGUUGGCGUUGAAGCAGUAUGUUGAUGCGUUGGAGCGUCCAGCUCGGUGGGGUAAUUUGGGAUGGAUGGAGCUUGGAGAUGAUGCGUCGGUUGUCGAGAAGACGUGGAAGAUGAUGUGA